UCAUCCUUUCCCUGGCUGCUGCUCUGCUCACAUCUCCCUGCCUGCUCCAGGGCUGCACAGACACCCGAUCUGCUGCUGUGAUCCCUACUGCCAGAGCCUGCCCCCCUCUGUGCACUGCCACCCUAAGCUGCCAGGGGUGGGGGGAGAGGACCACCCUCCCUGCCCCUACUGCUGCCCUCUGAUCCCCCCCCCCCCCCGCAGGAAGAAGACUUGGAGCCCACUGGGCUCGUAGGGUUUCAAAAUGUACGAAGGUUGAGGAGAUGCUUUUACCGAAAAUUGGAUCACACUCCUUCUCAUGUGUGGACGAUUCAUUUCACAAAGGAUUUACUACUCUACUUUUGAACGUGAGGACAUUUCGGCCGUGGAUUUUCAUGGCCGUUUUAUGAUUUAGAUUUUUUAAAACAUUUUUAAACCAUACAAAAAUGACCACCUCAUCUAUUCGGAGGCAGAUGAAAAACAUUGUAAAUAAUUAUUCAGAAGCUGAGAUUAAAGUCAGGGAAGCCACCUCCAACGACCCAUGGGGUCCUUCUAGCUCCCUUAUGACGGAAAUCGCCGACUUGACUUACAACGUGGUGGCUUUUUCCGAAAUCAUGAGCAUGAUCUGGAAGAGACUCAAUGACCAUGGGAAGAACUGGAGGCAUGUUUACAAAGCUUUGACCUUGUUGGACUAUCUUAUUAAGACUGGCUCUGAGAGGGUGUCCCACCAGUGCAAGGAGAACAUCUUCGCCAUACAGACGCUAAAGGACUUCCAGUACAUCGACCGGGACGGCAAAGACCAGGGGAUUAACGUACGGGAAAAGUCAAAACAAUUAGUGAGCCUUUUGAAGGAUGAUGAGAGGUUGAAAGGCGAGAGAGCCCAGGCACUUAAGACCAAAGAGCGUAUGGCACAGGUGGCCACCAGUGUGGGGAGCAACAACCAGAUCAGCUUUGGCCGAGGAUCUAGUCAACCUAACCUGUCUACAAGUUACUCAGAGCAGGACUACGGAAAGUCAGGUGGAUCUCCAGCGUCAUACCAUGGAUCUACGUCUCCCCGGGUCUCCUCGGAGCUGGAACAGGCCCGACCUCAGACAAGUGGAGAAGAAGAGCUACAGCUGCAGCUGGCACUUGCCAUGAGCAGAGAGGUGGCAGAGCAGGAGGAGCGAAUCCGCCGGGGUGAUGAUUUGCGGCUUCAGAUGGCCUUGGAGGAAAGUAAGAAAGCCACUGCCAAAAGAGCGCAAAAAAAGAAAUCGCAGCAGCAGCAGCAGCAGCAGCAGCAGCACCAGCAGCCACCAUCGUUGUUGGACCUAAUAGACGCACUGCCUCCCGGGGCCCCGGGCCCUCCGAAAUCCGAGCCUUGGGCAGCCGUAUCGGUACCGACAUCAAACAGCCAACCUGACCCUUGGGGGGCAACAGCUGCCUCUCCUGCCUCCGUAGAACCCUGGCAAUCUUUUGGUACGAAGACAUCUGCCACCUCCGACCCCUGGGGAUCAAGCAAGGUUUCUUCAACGCAGUCUCUUCCCAAAAGCCAAGACCCCUGGGCCUCCUCCCCUGCCACGGGAGCAGCUAAUCCUACAGCAGACCCCUGGGGACCUGCAACUAAAUCUAGCACAGGGGGUCCAUCCUUUGACCCAUUCAGCAAUUUAAAUGGGACCGCAAAAGAUGAUUUUUCUGAGUUUGACAGCCUGAGGUCCAUGUCAAAAUUAUCAGCAGAUUCCAUAUCUACAUUACCGUCCUUACGCAGUGGCACCACCAGUCCAGACCUCUUCGACUCUCAGCCAGUGGCCAUGACCACAGGCAAACAGGCUCGCAAAACCCCAGAAUCCUUCCUGGGACCCAACGCCGUCUUAGUGAACCUCGAGACACUGGUGACGAUGCCCACACCGCCUGCCCCUACGUUUAACCCUUUCCUGGCAUCAGGACAAACUGCUCCAGCAUCUACUCCUGCUAUCAACCCCUUCCAGCUCAACCAGCCUCAAGCCCUGACCCUAAACCAGCUGCGUUCCAGUCCCAUGAUGGGAGUCGCACCGUCCUUCAACAACAUGCCAGCAAUGGCUAACGAGGCCUCCAUACCACCCCCUUUACUGGGCAUGUCAACGCUACCCGCUGUACCGCCAGCAGGGAUGAACAUAAACAUGGCAGCCACCUUGCCACAUCACAACUCUGCCAUCCCCCCUUCGAACACCCAAGCCAUGAAUGCUACCAACCCAUUCUUGCUAUGAAAUCGGAAGGUACCCGCGGGAGCGGCAACGUACAAAAUAACACUACAGAAUGAAGUUAUACCUCUCAGCUGCUGUGUCCUUAUAAUUUGUUAGGUCCGUCCUGCAGGGUGACUAGGUCUAAAUCGACUUCAAGCUACUAAGGACACGCCUGUAGCAUUCUGUUUCACAACCAAUCAACACGAGACACUCACCAAAGCAAGGCUUCGUCCUCCUGUCUUUUUCUUAGGUCGGAAUUCAUCACCAUGCUCCCUGUGGUUCAGCGUCUCUUGGUCACCCUCGUCUCCGCCACUCACGCUUUUCCCAGGAUGCUAUAACUUGUGUCACUCUUAAGAUCUUAUGUCAUAAAAUAAAAAAGCAUCAAACUUGUGGAUUUGCAGUAGUUGUGCCUGUGAGGAGAUACUAGCAUUGGGUCUGUGGGUGUAUUUCAAAUGAACGAGUUGACCCAUUAUAUAGGGGGAAAUGUGGACAAACGGAAAUUGACAUGCGAACGCAUUGUGUGCCUACAAGACGAAAAAAAUAAAAACUACGCGGUUGUUUUACACUUUUAGAUUUAACACGCCCACUUGGCAAUGGGUUGGAGUUCUUAUGUAACAAAAAGUGACAACAACACACUAACGGACAGGAGUUUAAAGGGACGGUUGCGCCAACCCUUUUGUCAGCCAAUUUGCAAAGUGAGUUGUCAUCUGUAGGAAUGCAGCCCAUCUAUUCACUGCCUUGUGUCUCUGUGACGUCACGUGAUCCAGCAAAUCGUUGGGCUGACUCUGCUUGUUUGGCUGCUGGCAAAAUGGCUGAGCUGCUGUAUAAAAUGUGAUCUGGGCAGUCAAACCAUUUUAAAUAACUUUGGAUUUUCCUCCACCAUGAAAUAAAAACACAAUUGUGUCUAUAAAGCUAUUCUUUACGUAAAAUAAAACCUAUAUUUUUAUCA